AGGCAGGCUCACAGCUCGCCACCUGCUAGUUGGGGUUGGCGCAUGAUGGCGAUCACGCCCGGGGACGCGACCCCAAAAUCAGCCAAGGCUGGUGCUGGCAACAAAGUUGCUUAUGGCAUCAACAAGGUGUGCUUUUUCACUAUCAGUGAUUUCGUCGAAGACCGGGUGAGGGUGCGCAGUUUGAACAUUGUGGCCUUCAGCUUGAUCUACAUAUUCUUCGUGUUUGCUUUGCUGAAGACAGUGCCCACGCCGCAGCCACGAGUGAAAGAGGUUACAUUUGCGAACCCUCCACCCUCAGCAUGGCUAUCCGGUGCCUUCAGUACUGAUUUGAAGAAUCUGUACACCAGCACUGGCAGCUUACCCAACAGGUCGCAAAAGGUAUUCGUCAUUGACGAUUCUGGAAGCCCAAUGCAGAAUGCCGCUGUGGAGGUGAAAGUUACCAACUUUGUCGCCCACGGCCCCGUGUCAUGCUCUAAGGCAGAUGUGGAGGCAAAGGCUGGCACUGCGGAGGCUCGAAGGCUUCAACAUGUUUGCCGCUACGACCAGGUGGCAGAAAACAAAGGUCCGACCAACCCAUCUGGCCUGAUUAGCUUUAGCAACUUCACCAUCAACGGUCCUGCCGGUGUAUACACAGUCGUCCCGAGCGCGGAAGGGGUGGACUCAACACAGGAAGGAACUAUGCUGGUCUCAACACCUGUGGCAUCCAUUGAAGUUGUGGAUGACAACUUGACCAGUCUUCCUGAAGUGCUGGCACCACGGAGCGCCGAGGUUGGGCAGCCCUUGGAGUGGCAACCCCGGAUUCUAGUACGGGACAUGAGAGGACUUCCAGUUCCUGGAAGAAAGAUCAUCGCUUUUGCGAAUCCAGACCCAACUUGGCCACCCGUGUUUCCGCUUCCCAGAACGCCCCCCUACGACCGUCGUGGCCAGAAGGUGGUGGAGCUGAACUGCCCGGAGUCGGAGCUAUCUGAUGAGGCAGGCAUAGCCAGAUUCACAUGCUUGGGGAUCAACAGCAGCAAUGUGGACCACGUGAGCAUUGUUUUCUCGGAGAGCGGCCUUGUUUUCAACCCCUGGAACGACGAGACAUAUUCUCCGAGGAAUUCGUACCCCAUUACAGUUUCGGCCUACCGUUAUGCGACGUACGUCGUCUCAAAGGUGGACUCAGUGAAGGUGACGACCCCGGUGCCGUCGACAGUGCAAGAAGGAGUGGCGUUUUCCCCACCUCCAGCUGUUACCGCGAAAGAUGCUAAUGGGCAGCCACUUGCAGGAGUCAAUUGCUAUGCGCUGGUUUCCCUGGAGAGGGGCACACGAAAUCCCAACUGGUUCCGCCGCCAACUCCGUGGCUCCAAGCACAAGGAACUGCUGGAUGCAGUGGCCGUCACGGACUCCGAUGGGGUUGCAACGUUCUCGCAGUUGAGAGUGUCUGUGCAGGGCAACACCAUGGACCUGGCUUUGUCAAAGAGCUGGGCACAAACGACUGCUUUCUCCAUUGGCUUUAAUUGUGAAGGCGUGGAGCAGGAGACCCACCCGUGGGAUCCACAAUCGGGCACCUACAUUAGUCAUGUAGAGACAACGGUGGCUGGAAUCAGGAUCCAGCGCUUUAUUCGCAAGUCGGCCGAGAUAUCUGGAUACUUGUCGAAACCGCGCGAUGAUGGCUCCGAUGCUUUCCUGGCAGUGGUUCGCGUUGUGGAUGCCGCUGGGAACGGAGUGCCUGGGAAGACUGUGGAGGUGAAGUACGCCGGCGAAUUAGACAACGUCCACAUCGAGUUGCAGCCGGACGCCAUCGAGGUGAGCAACGACCUGGGAUUUGCGGUCGUUGCAUUUCAACUCAUUACUGGGCCGGCAGCGAUGAUUUCCACGGGGAGUUUGACGUUUUCCGUCACGUUCUUGGUGGACGGAGUCUCUUCGGAACCAAGUCAGCAACUCACUGGCAGGAUGAUUGGUGGCCUGAAACCUCAGGCCUGCCACUUGCUGUACCCCAUGACGGCGGCGUUCUACGACAUUGCCACAACAACUGUAUCUCCCCUCUCGGGAUGGCCCAUCCUUGCUAGCUCUGGCAAUAUUUUCUUUACAACAUUUAGGCUGAAAGGGCAGACCAGCUGCACCGUUUUUCCUGGAGUCUCAACUCCCAAUGCGUCGAAGUGCGCAGAGGGAGCCUGGGACCGCCGUCUUGAGGAGUCGGAUUUGAAGACGAUUUCGCGGAGGUUGGCUGGCCUAUCAGAGAGCUCCAUAAAUAUGUCGCGGAGACUGCAAAGUAGUGAUGGAAGCAUCACUGUGGAGCUUGAGCCGAUUUACAGCACUGACAAAGAUCAAUGGGGCACCGCUCGCUUUGAGCCGCGGCCCUUUCUGCAGACUUUCGUCAUACAAGACCCCUCAGCCUUUGGCGUCCGUCCAGUUCCAACAAUCAGGGAGUACAACGACGAUCCCAACUUCGUUGAAUUUGCAUGUUUGCUUGACGGCCCAUCCGGUGAUCACUGGAUAAGGUUGAAGAUGACCAUUGACGAGCCCGGUGCAGAACAGCAAACGUGCUUUUCGAGAAUGGUGCCUCUCCGCAUAGAGAACGCCAUUGGGGACAUUGCGCUCUCUGGCGAUGGUGGUCCUGGUUCUUUGUAUGACGAGGAGGUCGAAGGAGGGACGUACAUAGACAUCGACCUUCGUUUUCUCUUGGAUGCGUCCGUUGUGAAUGCUUCUGAUCUCAGCAACAUCCCCUCAUGCAUCCACAUCCAUGCGAAUUAUUGGCAGGUGUGUUCGAUUAAGUUCACGUGGGUGGAGGCACCUUUCAACUUCCACCAGGCCAUGGGAAUGACUGGGGCAGGUAACUUUGCCCACCCACUAGACACGGACUUCUAUUCCCUGGUGCCUGUCAAUAAGACUGGCACUACAAAUGAUGCUGGCUUUGACGCUGUGACGGGGACACUGCACUUGCGCAUGCACUUCAAGCAGCGAGGGCUGUAUGGCAACUUCGGCAUUCAGUUCCACGGCUUCGGCGUGAACAGCCGGAUUUUCACUUGGAGGAUACUGCCACCUCCUGGGCUGCGCUUUGAAGUUGUGCAGGAGCCAGCAUUCCUGUACACUCGCGCACUCCCGGGCAACAGCUUUGAUGUGCUUCCCAAAGUCCGCGUGCUGAGCGACUUGGGCCCUGUGAACGGUCUAGUCAUUGCGACGGAAUUGGUCGAAGAGCCGGGGGCCAGAUUUGAGAAAUUCACAAACCUGAAAAUGUAUGAUGCGUUCGACUUCGUCUACUCGCGGCCAUCUGGGACAUCGGUGAAUACCUUGAGCGGACAGAGUCAGGGCCCGGCGGAAGAUGGCCUGGCCAUGUGGCCGUUAUUGGGCAUCUUUGACGGAUCUGGAUGCACAAGAAUGCGAUUCAUUGCUGAGGGUGUGUCUUCAGAAGUGGUGCCAGCGACUCCGGUUUGCUUCGAAGAUCCCUUUGUCUUCACCAUGGUGACACCGCCCCCGCCAUCAUGGCCAUUGGGGGUCCCUAUAAGCGAUCUUGGCGGGUUGGUCACGAUUGAGAUCCGGCCGAAGUAUGAGCUUCCACAAUUCACGCAAUUUCUAGGGGGGCUUGUGAUUCGACUUCUUGUGUCCAGCGAGGGUGGCAAGGAUAUUCUAGAUGUGGAAACGUCCAUCGAGCUAUCACAGCGAAUGCUAGCUGGAUCAACUUGCCUUUUCCUUAACUCGGUGGAGAUUCUACAAAGAUGCACGCCGCUUGUACCUGUGCAAAUAGCACCCUUCCCUGUUCUACGCACGAGCUUCCGGCAGGUCAGCUGGGAGAGAAGAAUUUCACAGCCGGCGAAGAUGGUGCUCAAAGCGACGGAUCUUUCCGGCUCUGGCUUCCGCAGCGGUAUGCCCCUCCCAGAUGGCUUUCACAGCAUGACGCCAGCCCAGCAGCUUGGGACCUGCGCGGAGGCCGCCGCGGAUUCCAAGAGCCUCGCCAAGGCUUCCCUGACACCUGAGAUCUCAGCAGAGAUCGCCCCCAGCCAGUACAAUGUGGUUCUGGCACCUCCGGAUUUGGUCUAUGUGGGUGCCAUGUUCCUUAUUAGAAUCAAAGUGACCACAGCCAGUGGCGCACCUGCCCGCGACGUCCGCAUCAGGGUUGGCAUCAAGACGGUCUCGUCCACUUCGCCGAGCAGUACCUCGCCGGGGCUGUUGCAGUCGCUGGCCGCCAGUGGGAAUUCCAUCCAAGUUGUGUCGGACAGCAACGUCCAGCUGGACCCCUCCACCACCGUCAGGGUGAGCGACUCUGAGGGCGUGAUUGGGUUUCCCCUUACGGUUGAGAGAGCCACGAGUGGCACCUAUCAACUGCAAUUCCAGCCCGACGUCCCCGAUGCAAGGAUUGUACUACAGACUAGCACCUUCAAGGUGGAGAAUCCUAUCAUUGGCAUCUCCUCUCCCGAUUCCUGGGGGCAACUGGAGAUCACAGAGUUUGGAAAGCCCUUCAGGGUGAAUCGAGCUCCACGCUUUUGCAUCAGCACUGCGACCAACGAGACCUUGCAGCAGUUGCAAGAUGCAGGUGUGCGGUCCUCACUCACCCUGACGCUGAAGGGGGCGCCAGCCGAAAGGGAAGGCCGGGCGUCCCAGUUGGUGAUGCAAUUGAGGAAGCAGGCAGCCUCGGACGCGCAGGUGUCGGCCAACCGGAUCCUGGAGCAAUUCGCUCAAAACAAGAAUGGUGCGUUGAACAGCGCAGCUAAGGCGUUGCUCAAGACCGCAAACAGCAAGGCAGUGGGAAUCUUUGCUGGCUUCUCGGAGGAGUUCGCGGAAGCAUGCUUCGAGACUCCGGCAAGGCAGCUGCUUGCCGGGGAUCCAGCACUGGCUUCAAACCUCGGCAGCAACAUCUCAGCCGCGGCAGAGGGCCUCAUUGCAGAGCAGUCGGCCAGCUUGGCAGAGGCCCUGGGGGUGGAUCCGCAGGCCCUGGGCGCCACGCAGGCCUUGAAUCAGUUCACAGACGUCCUGAUGUCAGCGGGUUCCAAUUUGAAGCCUCCCAGCGACGUGGCUGUGAAAGGCAAGUGGGAAUUGUCGCUCAACGACUUGGAGUACAAGGGCGGCUGUGAGUAUGAGGCCACACCGGACAUCGAGUUUGCCUUUGCUGAAAAAGUGAAUUAUGUGUUCUCCUUGUCGGUGAAUGGUGUGGAAGGGGCCAACCUGCCAACAUUCGGAGUGGUGUUGGCGCCCGCAGAUCCGGUCGACUUGGCUUUCAAUUGGCUUUGUUCCUCCAUCGCUGCCAUCCUGGGAAUCAUCCUCCUAACGACAAACGCUACGCUUCAUCGCUGGCAGUGGUUUUUUGUUGCAUUUGCGUGCACCCUUGCGGUGACUGUUGCAUUGCCCUUCCUGACGCUGCACCACGAUGCGCUGUAUGGAUAUUGGCUCCAUGCUGCCGUUGCCAACGUGAUGCUCAUCGCUGCCGCGCUCAUUUAUGGCUUCAGCACUGAGGUGAUGAAACACAAGACCGGAAGCUUUGACAAGACGCGGGCAAACGUGUUUGAAUCGUACACUAAGAGGAAGCUGCAGGCAGCACUUGGCUGGAAGGCGGAGCCUUUUGCUGCUAAGCAGUCGAUCUUUUCUAAGAUCAAGCGGGCAUUCUUGCAACCCUUUGAUGCGGAGGACGCGUUCUUCUAUCCGACAGCAUUCUUGAUCGCCAACUUGCUGGCCUUCCUCUCCUUUCUUUAUGUGCUGGCUCAGUCCCUCACAUUGCUGCGCGACAUUGAAAAGAUGCUGCAACAAGUGCUCAAUACAGCCAUACAAAGAUCCGUCAGCAUGACAUCAAGCGUUAACCAGGCAUAUGUGCAGGCAACUGGCUCUGACUUACCAGAUAGCUCCACGGAGUUCAUGUACGUGCAGAUCGAUCUUAUGCGAGGAUGGUUUCAAAAGCUCAUCGACUCCAUCGUCAUUGGCUUUGCGUCAGGUGUUGUGAUUGCUGCAAUUUUGACAACGCUCUCCCUGCUUGGCGGAUUCGUCCACUUCAGGGCGAGCGUCAUGGAUGCUCGCCGUGGCAAGUUCGAUUUCAAGCUAUCAGAUGCGAAGCUCGUAUUUUCCACCACCUUUAUCGGUAUCAACAUCUCUUCAGCGAUUGUAUCAUACAUACUGAUAGUUGCAUUGGUGACCUUGAUCACGAUCCCGUUUACCUUUGAACUCACUUGGCAAGUGAUUUGGAAUGCAUUGCCCACCAUUCUCCUGACCUUUGUCCUGCCGAAAAUCCUUACCAUCAUCAGCAUGAAGAUAUUCAAGAAGUGCUUAUAUGGAGGCACAUUCAUCAAGACUCGCGCAGGGGCUUCCAUCUUUCAUUUCUACAUGACCUUCCUUUCGCUGCCUGGAGGUGUGGCUUCAGCAAUUACGAGAUUUGUGAUGGGUUUGCUCGGCACGAUUGCGAUGUUGCCAAUCACCUACGGCCCGGUCACGCCCAGUAUGGUCAACAAAGUUAUGCUGUUGGAUACGUCAUAUCGCACUUACGUGGCUUUUGUCAUGCUAUAUGCCACCCACAACAAUCCGAUCAUGAUCACUGCUGCCAACCGGCUGCUCAUGAUCAAAUCGACCCGGGAGAAGUUCAAGGAGGACGGACGCCACUGGACGUCCACUCACAGCAUGCUAUUGCUGAUUCUGAUCCGAUUUCCGCAUCUCCGACAGUAUCGCAAGAGCUAUUUGGAAAAGGAGCGCAAGCUGAAAGAAAUACAGAAGGGGAGAAAGAAGCCGUCCAGCGAGGAUGCUGUGAAGGUCAAGGUGGAGGACAUCUCGCAAGCACGUGUCGAAGACCCGUGGAUAGCAAAUGCCAUUGAUGGAGCCCACCAAGCUUUGGCAGUUGCAAAUCAACGUCUGGAGCUGAUGAAGCGAUAUCGGGUGAUCCUCAGUGGGCUGCCGGAAGACUCGGCGCAACGCGCAGAGAUCAUGAAAACUAUCCGUGAAUUAGCCGGGCAAACUGACGACUUAGUUGUGCCGAGGGAGAUCCAGCACGCUGACCAACCACCACCCUUUGAGUGUUAGAAGGACAAAGCAGAGGAGACGCGAUGUGUUGCGGCUUGGCCCCUGCACCGUUCCCCCGUUAGUGAGCUGAGAACAAAGUCCAACCGGUUUCACGGUCAGCCAUUGAAGCCCACUGUGUCAUGGCUGACGUUGAGGUACCUCUCAUUGUUCCGAAAGGGCUCUGUGUCCAGAGGCCUCACAGCUUGGUGAGGUCGUUUGUUCCGCUGGCGGUACUCUUGUUUGUCUUUAAAACCCUUCUCAGCCCUGAAUCGGGCUGUGAGUUUCGGCUUUGGUUCGCGGACAUGCUGUGCCCAUGGCAAUGGUCAAAACAGCCC